CUCUACUGUAGCUGGUACUUGACCGGACCCAGUGUUUCAUGUCUGAAGGAUUCUCACUCGACACCGAUAAAAAGGCCAGUCAACCGUGGCCCUCGCAAAGGCCUCAACACCUCGCUACAGACCUGGUGCUGUUGUGUUUGGCUACUUGCCCGUCAUGUGAAAGCGGGUGGUUGGGGACAAGGGUCUCUUUUUGCGUCCAUGUGA